AUGGGUGAGGAGAACGAGGAGAACAAAGAGAAUGAGGCCGCAAGUGGAGAUGUGGGGACUUCACAACAGGAGUCAGCCAGUAUCAAAGAUGUGUCUGUGGAAGUCAGCACCGUGGACCGGGCCCCGCGGAGGUUCUACCGGAGGAACCGAAGGCGUCCCAAACUGACGCCCAGCGUCUUCGAGCAGCUGUGGCAGCCGUGUCAGCAGCUGUGGCAGCGGCUGCUCAACGUCCCACACAUCGCCGUCAUCAUCGCAGCCGUGCUGUUUGUGGUGGUGCUCAUCAUCUGGUCCCUUCUCUGGUUCUUCAUAUUUCGCAGAGAGAGCAACAAUGGAGCCUAUUUCGCCGGCAUGUUUCGUGUUGCUGACAUGGAGUUCAUCCCUGAGUACCGUCAGGUGGAGUCCCAUGAGUUUGCAUCCAUGGCAAAUAGAAUACAGCACGUGGUGAGCUAUGUGUACAAGCAGUCCUCCGUGUCCAGCCUCUACAAACAGGCCUUAAUUUCAGACCUCAGUAACAACAACAAGGGUGGUGUCCUGGUGCACUUCUGGAUGGUGUUUGUGGUGCCCCGUUUGAAGACACCUGCCGUGUGUGAGGAUUGUGUGGGCGCCAUUUUUAGAGACUCGGUCUACACCAGUGUGCAGAACCGCUCCUCUGUGGGGUACCUGCUUGGCCUACCUGUGGAUCUGGACUCCAUCCUCAUCAACGCUGUCCAACGCUCUGAUUAUACAUCCAAUGCAGAAGGGUCACAGUGCAUUGAGAAGCUGUAUGCCAACUUUCCCGGAAUGGUGAUCCCACUGAAUGUGUUCUCGUCAUGGGGUGGGGUCAGUUGCCAUGUAAAACUGACCGCUGCUCCUGGGUUUUUGAUCCGGCUGAGAGUCACCUCGUUCCUCAUUGAGCCAACUGACUGUGUGAGCGACGGCCUGGUGGUGUAUGACGCCCUGCUGCCCAUGAGAGGGCGCAUUCUGCUGCGAUUGUGCGAGCCGGUGACCAAAGUGUUCUCCCUGGUGUCUACCUCCAAUGUGAUGUUGUUGUCGUUUACUAUAACAAGUGGAAACAAGAACUUCAGGGGGGACUUUGAGGCCAUCACUGAGGAAUUAUGUCUGUCUCACAUUGAGAUCCCUUCACACGCCGACUUCCCCGGUGAUCUCCAGAGUCCGUUCUACCCCAGUCUGCUGCCUCCACAAUGCUCCUGCACCUGGACAUUUCAGACCUCCAGUUCUGCUUUGGGGGUGGCUCUUCAUUUCAAGAACUAUGUGCUAAACGUAAAGGACAUGAAGGCUUGUGACCAAGGCUGGUGGAGAAUAAAUGAAUUAAUUUACUGUGGGACCUAUGUAGACCACAGCACAGUGUUCCGGAUCAGUGACCCCAGUCCAGAGGUGGAGUUUCGCUGCAGCUCUCGUACCUCAGUUCAGCCUUUUGAAGCGUCUUACGUCAGUUAUGACAUCAACCAGCCCUGUCCAGAGAGCCACUUCCUGUGCUCCACUGGUCUGUGUGUGGAGAAGGCCAGACGAUGUGAUGGUCUGGAUGACUGCCAGGACGAGAGUGAUGAAAUAUUCUGUCCAAGACCAUCAAUAAACUGUGUGGGCAGCAGUUUUAUUCACCCCAUGUUUGUGUGUAAUGGAGAAAGAGACUGUUCUAAUGGAAUAGACGAGAUCAACUGCACUCAAGAGACCACCUGCACAGCCAUAAGCUUCCCGUGCAGCAGUGGCUCCUGUAUCUUGAAGAAAAAUGCAAAAUGUGAUGGAAAGUUUGACUGUAGUGACCGGAGCGAUGAGAUGGACUGUGAUUGUGGCGAGCCUUCACCGCCGUCCGAGCGCAUCGUGGGCGGAGUCAGCUCUGUGGAAGGGGAGUGGCCAUGGCAGGUCAGUCUGUUGUUCUCUGGGAGCGUGUACUGCGGCGCCUCAGUGCUGUCGUCAGAGUGGCUGGUGUCGGCUGCUCACUGCUUCAGAAGAGACAGACUGUCUGACCCCCGCCACUGGAGGGCUCACCUGGGCAUGCUGAGUCAGGGCAGCGCCAAGUAUGAGGCAGAAAUCCAGAGAAUUGUAGUUCAUGAGUAUUACAACGCAUUCACCUUUGACUAUGACAUCGCGCUGCUCCAGCUGAAGAAGCCCUGGCCUUCGUCCCUCAACUCUCUGAUCAAACCAGUGUGCCUGCCCCCGCCGUCUCACACAGUCACUGAUAGCCACCCCUGCUGGGUUACAGGCUGGGGGUACCGCUCAGAGCAGGACAAAGUGCUGCCCGCUGUGCUCCUCAAAGCACAGGUGUUUGUCCAGAGCCAGAGCGAGUGUAAGAAAAGCUACAGUCUGGCCUCUCCUCGGAUGCUGUGUGCAGGUGUGCCCUCUGGAGAGCAGGACGCCUGCAGGGGUGACUCCGGGGGUCCGCUCUCCUGCCAGGAGCCAGGAGGUCGCUGGUUCCUCAUCGGCAUUGUGAGCUGGGGGCUUGGCUGCGGUCGACCAAACCUUCCUGGGGUCUACACCAGGUGCCUCUGUGGAGCUUCACGGGACAGUGCUAUGAGGACUCUCCCUAAAAGUAAAACUUGUCAAGUCUACUGCGUCUCUGAAGAUGGACUCUCAAGCCACACUACUGCACAGGGAGAGGGGAAGUUAAAGGAGCCCUCCCAGACAUCAAGCCCCCCCACAAGGCUGGAGCAGCCGAUAGCUAAGGGGGGGGCAACACCAGUUUGUGCCUCCUGGAGGAGAUGGCUCUUAGGUCUUUCACUUUUCAUUAAUUCAAGCAUAGCCAUUGCACUGACGCUCCACUUCUGCAGAUCUUCUCCUUCCUCAGUGUUCUUUCUCGGCGGCUGCGUGGAGUUCUCAAAUUUGAGUUUUUCCUCAGAGCUCGUAGACUCCACAUCUUCACGGUUUGGCCUGCAGGCUCAGGCUUUAAGCCAUUAUUUUUCCAAACUCUAUGAGUCAACACCAUGGAGCACUUACUAUCUGGGCUCAGGAAUCACUGCCUUCAGCGAAGGAGCAGCAGGACUCAAUGUUUUCUAUUGGAGUAAAUUUUCUGCACCGGAGGAUGUCGCUGAAGCUAUUCGCAAAUCCAACCCAGGGCGGUUACAACGUCGACUCCCAGGCCUCAAUAAAGUCCUACAGGACAGUCGCCACGAGCAACGCUACUUCAUGGAGCAGGAUUCAGACAUGCUUCACCUGCUGGGCCUGGAUCCUGAUGAUUAUGAGUUUGAAGAAAAAUCUGACAAGUUUAAGAAUCCAAAUAGCAUUCAAGGUGGAAAGUGGCAGCUUGGUUUCCAAGCCAUGUCGUUUGACCUAUAUGCUAAAUACGGGAAUAACCGCACCCUGAGCCUGGUGAACCCCAAGAAGCCCUACUACCAAUGGCGCCUGCGUGUACCCUCAGGGCAUGUUGUCCGGCUGGUGGUCCUCACGCUUCAGGGAGCCGCCCCCGGCAGCUGCAUCGCACACAAACUCUCUGCUUAUGACUUCUUACUUCCUUUACAAAACAAGAUCAUUGCAAGGUGGUGUGGACUGCCUGUGUCUGGUUCUUCUCCGGUCAUGAAGUUAAUGUCGUCUGGAAAUGUCAUGUUGGUUACUUUUUCUUUCAGCAGACAAAGAGAUGGCGCUGUCUUUAAAGCCUAUUUCCAGGCCAUUCCAAAAGCAGGUUGUGGGGGUUCAAUAACAUCCUGGAACGGUUCCAUAUCUUCCCCUUACUACCCAUCCUUCUAUCCUCCAAAUAUAGAGUGCACUUGGACUGUACGGACCCCGAUGCCCGGAUACCUGAUCUCUAUGACUAUUGUGAAGUUUGACAUCCAGGAUUCUUCCUCAUCUGAAUGUGAGAAGGACUGGCUGGACAUUGGAGGGGUCAAACUAUGUAAUCCUAUUAUGGAGAACAGUAAGAAGCGUGUGUUCUCAUCUCCGCUGUCCAUCCAGUUUCACUCGGAUGAAUCCAUCACUCAUCCAGGCUUCUAUCUGAUCUACAGAGCCUUCUCUCCAGAGGGCACGUGCCCACGGCAGUUUCGCUGCGGAGACGGUCGCUGUAUUCCUCUGAAAAAAGUUUGUGACGGAGAAAGAGACUGCUCAGACGGACGGGAUGAAGCCAAAUGCAAUUCCUGCAGGCCCGGUGAAGUCCAGUGUGCGAAUGGCCAGUGUAAGACUCACAGCAGUCAGUGUGUGACCCAGAGCACCUGCUCAGACAGCAGUGAGGAGAGCCCAUGUGCCAGUAAGUGCUACCAUGUGUGUCCAAAUAAGCUGUGUUUGCCAAAGUCUUCAUUGUGCGACGGUGUUGUUGACUGCAAAGACCGCAGCGAUGAACUCAACUGCACCAGAGCAUACGUGAAAGGCUGCUCUUCAAACUCUUUCAAAUGUGCAAAUGGUAAAUGUGUGAGCAAGGUCAACCCAGAGUGUGAUGGAGUGAAGGACUGCUUUGAUGGCUCUGACGAACAACGUUGUGCGUGUGGGACCAGGCCUAGGAAACGCACCAAGAUCGUGGGAGGCUCUGAUGCAGGGACGGGCUCGUGGCCGUGGCAGGUCAGUCUCCAGAUGGAGCGCUACGGCCAUGUGUGUGGGGCCACUCUUGUUGGCAGUCGCUGGCUUAUUUCUGCAGCCCACUGUUUUCAGGACUCAGAUGUCAUCAAAUAUUCCGACACUCGUGCUUGGCGAGCGUUCAUGGGAAUGCGUGUCAUGACAUCAGGAAUCAGCGGAGCAGCCAACAGACAGAUCCGUCAAAUCCUCAUUCAUCCAAAGUACGACCAGUUUACCUCAGAUUAUGACAUCGCCCUGUUGGAGCUCAGCAUACCCAUCUUCUUUAAUGACCUAGUGCAGCCAGUGUGCAUCCCAGCCCCAUCACACUCCUUCACCACUGGGACCAGCUGCUACGUCACAGGCUGGGGCGUGCUCAUGGAGGACGGUGAGCUGGCGUCUCGACUACAAGAGGCUUCUGUGAAGAUAAUCAACAGAAAAGCAUGCAACAAGCUAUAUGAUGAAGCUGUCACUCCCAGAAUGCUUUGUGCUGGAAAUUUACAGGGAGGUGUUGAUGCUUGUCAGGGAGAUUCAGGGGGGCCCCUGGUGUGCCUGGAGAGGGGCCGUCGCUGGUUUCUGGCCGGGAUUGUGAGCUGGGGCGAGGGCUGUGCCCGGCAAAACAGACCCGGGGUCUACACACAGGUGGUCAAAUUCACUGACUGGAUCCACCUUCAGACCAAAGGCCAAGUGUGA